AUGCUGUCAAAGACAAGGUUUCAAUACAAGCCCCGGCUCACCAAUUUAGGCCCAAACUCCAAUGAUCAGCACCCACCGCAAAUGUGCCCACCAACCUGGCAAUGUGCGGUCUUACGUGCCAAUCAAGAGACUUGCCCUUUUCCCCAGGGCGCCUUGGAACCCCUGAUCUGCCCUGGAGGUUCCUACUGCCCACCCGGAGGAAAAACUCGCAUCCCCUGCGAAGCGGGUACUUUCUGUCCUCAGGGCAGUUUUGAGCCCAUAAAAUGUGACACAGGCGCAUACUGCCCCUGGGCGAGCGCUCACCAGAUUCCCCUAUUGCCCCUCUAUGUCGUCGUCGUCAUUGAUUUCAUCCUACUUUGUGUGCUGGUCGCAGGGCUGGCUUACUCCAAGUGGCGAAAGCGCAGAAAGCCAAAGUAUUCCAGCGUCGACAUGAAAGUUACAGAAGACGAUCGAGAGGCACUACGAGGCUUGAACAUGUCACCUCGCUAUUCAGUCUCAAUAUCCGAGGUCUCACCUCCUACCACGGUACCAGCUUCUCCGGCCUUAUUGACACCGACUACACGUGCCAGAUCGACGUCGAAUGCCUCGGACAUUACUGACGUUGAUGAUUGUUCUCAAGAUUUCGCUAUGCAGAAGUUUUUGAUCUAUCUUUCUCGUGCCACACAAACGAAAGAGCUGGGCUUAUCUUUUGAUUUCGAGGGUUUAUCGUUCAAGACUCGUCAGAACCUGGAAAUUCUACUCAACAUCACUGGUUCCAUACCUAGAGGAACCAUGACUGGUAUCAUGGGGGGAUCAGGCGCAGGAAAGUCGACUCUCGUGAAUGCACUGAUACGAGGAAAAUCGAGCGCUGGUUCUCUCAAGAUCAACGGAGUCGUGAAAGACAUGAAGAAGUACAAGAAAUUGAUUGGGAUGGUUCCCCAAGAUGACAUCGUUUUUCCAGAACUCACUGUUCGGGAGAACAUCUUGCACUCUGCACGAAUGAGAUUACCUUCUUCGUGGAACGACAGAGCUAUCCAAGAUUACGUGGAUUCGUUAAUUGCCUGUCUUUCACUCACACACGUCCAGAAUUCCCUAGUUGGCGAUGCCAGAAAACCGGUCAUUUCCGGAGGCCAGCGCAAGCGAGUUAGCGUGGGAAUCGAGCUUGCAGCAGCUCCUCUGGCGAUUUUCCUGGACGAGCCAACAAGUGGACUAGAUGCAACUUCCGCAGCUUCGAUAAUGCGACUCUUGAAGGCUAUUUCUCGACUAGGCGUCACUGUUAUCGCCAUUGUCCACCAGCCUCGCGAAGACAUCUUUGUGGCUUUUGAUCAACUAUUGUUGCUCGCAAAAGGCAGCCAGGUUUACGCGGGCGCAACUGAGGACGUGGUCCCCUACUUCGAAGAUCUGGGCUACAAGUUCCCUCUGCGAAGCAAUCCUGCAGACAUCAUAAUGGACGUGAUUACUGGCAAUGGCAAGCAAUAUUCGUCCGAGGCCGAGAAGUUUGGCAGUGACACUGAUCUGCUCAUCAAGUUCUGGUACGAAAGAGGUCACAAUCCGAGGUUGUCGUCAAGUUCCAUGCAAUCGACCUUGGAGCACGAUCAGUCACUACACGAGACUAUGAAGACUCGAGGAGCUUCAUGGUACGCUCAGGUCUAUUAUUGUACCAAACGUGCUUUGCUUCAGCAAGUCCGCAACCGCACGAGUUUCUUCUUUGAAAUUUUUGUUGCUACGCUUGCAGGACUGGUCAUUGGUCUUUCAGCAUAUUCUUCCAAAGGAUCCCUCUUCUCAGGCAUAUAUCACCCACCGUUCACUCAAAUGUCUAGUGCUGUUGAUUACAAAUCAGCUCCUCAGCUUGGUCUGUUAUCUGCCAUGGCCAUCGGAUUGGCUUCUUCCGCACCAGGAGUCUGGGUCUUUGGCGAAGAAGUCCUCAUGUUCCAGCGAGAAUCUUCUAGUGGUCACAGUAAGAGUGCAUAUUAUGUCGGCAAAGUGUUGAGCACAUUCCCUCGCAUCACCGUUGCUGCUCUUCACUAUACAGUCAUGAUUGGCGUUCUUGCAACCCCUCUGAUCAGUUUCCAAGACAUGUAUGCGGCGAACUUGGUCUACUUUUAUGCCAUCUAUGGUUUGAGUAGCUUGGUUUCCAUGUUAGUGAAACGAGAGGAUGGACCCCUGCUGGCUGUCUUGCUCAGUCUGGUUCUUGGAGUACUCGGAGGUGUGGCGCCUCCGUUAUCAAAAGUCAAGGAAUGGCAUAUGGAGUGGUUCUGGAGAUUGAGCCCUGGUGUUUGGUUUACCGAAGCUUAUUGGACAAAGAUGGUCAGUCCGAUGGCCUACCUAUGGGAUGUUGAACUUGCCACUCAAACCGUCGGGUUCAGUCUGAGUGAAUUUGGCAAAGAUUUGGCUCUGAUCUUUGUCAUUGGCACGGUCUACCGAAUGCUGGCGUAUGCACUCUUGAUACUGUUCAGAAAGAGGCGCAGAUGA